CGGCGGCAGCUCCCCCGGGCCGGGCGGGCGGCAGUGACCGGCCCCCGCGGACCCUCCCCCGCAGGCGGCGGCAUGCCCCGGCCCGGGGGGCGGCCGGGCUGCCGCGGGGCCACCCGCGGGAGGGGGCUGACACUUGCGUGAGGGGGCAGCGGCACCCGAGCCCGGCGAGGCAGAGCCGCGGCUGCCGGGCGCCCUGAGCGCCCCGCGGGGCCCAGCGCGGCCCCCGCGCCCCGCGGCCGGCAUGGUGCUGCUGUCCGGGCACGGCGAGCAGCUGCCCGGGGAGCGGGUCUGCCCCGCGCCCGCCGCCGCUAAGGAGAUGCCCGGCGCUGAGGCGGAGAGCAGCCCCGAGCAGGGGGCGGCGGAGGCUGCCGCCGAGGAGCCGGACGAAGAGGAGGAAGAGGAGAAGGAGGUGGAGGAGGAGGACUGCGAGGAGUACGAGGACUUCUCCGAGCUGCCCGACACCUGCAGCAUCGCCUCAGACGACUCCUUCUACCCUCCUAGGGGGCUGGACGACGACGACGAGGACCUCUGGUCCCUGGAAGGGGACGAGCGCGACAGCCCCGAGGCGCUCAGCCUCUUCCGAGCCUGCUGCACCAACAACAGCAUCGUGCUGAAGGCGCUCAUCCGCCAAGGCCCCCAGGAAGAGGAGGUGCGGGAGGCCGACCGCAACCGCAGGAAUGGUCUUAUCGUUGCCUGUUACCAAGGUUAUGUGGAUAUUGUAAUAGCCUUAGCACAAUGCCCUCACCUUGAUGUGAACUGGCAGGACAACGAAGGGAACACGGCUCUCAUUACAGCUGCACAGGCAGGACACAUAACCAUUACAAACUAUUUGUUGAACUAUUUUCCUGGGCUUGAUAUUGAGAAGAGGAAUGCGUUUGGAUUCACAGCCCUGAUGAAAUCUGCAAUGCAGGGCCGAACAGAAUGUGUGAAAGCCUUGAUGAUGGCAGGGGCAAAUGUUCAUGCAACUGACCCAAGCCGUGGGCUGACUUCAUGGGAGUGGGCUUGUUUCACAGGAAGAUCAGAGUCUGCCUUCGUCAUGCAGAAGCUCAUGGACAGGCCAUGCCCAGAACAGUUUUCUGAUCAAUAUAAACCAGAAUGGCCAAAAAUGAAGGAACUUCUUGCCAAGGCUGCAGAGCCAAAAAGCUGUUUGCAGAAGAUUUCUGAGUGUGUAAGGGCAGCUGUCUCGUUCCGGUCUUUCUAUGGCCCGGAAGAGGAUGGGGUCCUCGACCACAUGGUGAAGGUGACAACAAGUCUGGGAAGUCCCUUCAUUGCACUGGGGUGCCGGACUGUGUGCCCAGGCAGCCCACCUUGUGUGGGGAAACGACGACUGGCAGUGCAGGAAAUACUUAGGAAGCAGAGAGCAGAGGAGAUCCGAUCUCAAGACAAAGAUCAUGUUAGCAGCUACGAGAAGCUCUUUCAGAACUCCAAAAUCACCGUGGUUCCCAAGAAGAAGGAGCGUCGAGCCAGCCUGCAGCCCAUCAGCAUUGCGAUGUCCCAAGUGACCACGGUAGCCACGAGGAAAGCAAGCCUGCUGCCACUCCACCUGCUUCGACGGAGCAGUGUCCGGCCGGGAUUUGUCAUCCCCAAGGUCCGUGUCAGCAAGGCUCCUCCACCCACCUUCCAGCCAGAAAAGGCGAGGAGGAGGAGCAGCGCCAAGGAGGACCCCUAUCUGCAAAUUCCCAAGUGGAGAUACAAGGAACUAAAAGAGGAGCGGAGGAAGGCAGAGGAACUGGAGAAGAAUAGAGCAGCAGAGGCUCAAAAGCCCAGGCAGGUGUCUCCUGCCCAGAGCAGGACCUGAUUUGAAGGUAGCUGCUGAGAAAGUUCUUGAGCCGCUGGUCUUGUUAUCCUAGCAAGAUAACAGACUGAAUGCCUUCUUGCAUGCCCACUGCUCAUGGAGCUGGAAUACUGAGUCAUGGCCUUCAAGGAGCAGAAAUACAGCAAGGGCUAUGCCACAGCAAGUCUGAUUGUGGAACAGGAAGGUAUUUUGAGCCGGAAGACUUACUGGGUUAACUGGUCUGCUGUUGACAGGACAUUCUAAGUGGUGCAGUCCUCUUGUGGAUUCCUGUUUUUCCAGCUCCUGGUGAAUGACUGUGAAACAGCUUGAAAAAUGUGUUUGAAAGGAUUGUAUUUUGUGUUUGUUCAUUUUGUAAUGGACAAAAUUAAUGAGUUGUGCUUUUGACACUAGACAUUCCUCCCUCUUCUUCCUUAGGUAGAUGUAUUGCAAAAAUUUGUAGUAAUAAUUAAAAGUUUAAAAUUUACCACAGUGUUGGUUGGCAGUGAAAAUCCAGGUCUACAAUUGUUUUGGAUAUACUAAGCACUUUAUUUCUAUUCCAGUAAACAGAUUUUAAGUACAGGUCUAUACAGUCUGUAUGGAUGCAGUUCUUAAUGCUGUUGAACCUCUGUUGAACCUAAAAAGGGCUUAAUAUGAAAUAUCUGUGCAGUUGAGGGAUUCACGUCUUCUGCAAGUAUAAAUCAGGUGCAGGGACUGAUUUCUUUGAAGAAAUAUAGAAGACAAGACAAUUUUUUGAUUGCCACCAUCACCUAAGAUUUGCCUCCCCCAAUGGAUUUCCCUUUAUCCAUUAUCUUAUGUCUCCUUUUUAGUCUCAGGGAAUAUUUUGUCAUUGCUUUUAACUGUGAAAUAAGGGAGAUGGUAAAGCACAGUGGAUAUUUUUUUAGAUUGAUAUUUAAGUUUCUUUUCAAAAAACUCACCAGGUUUAUUGUCAACCUUUCCAGAAUAUAGCCAGGACAAGAAUAUUAUGCAGCUUUCAGAGGUUCAAGCAACUUUCCCAGGUGUCAAGUGCAGCUACACGCUGUGAAUAACCAGUCAGAGGUGCAGUACCAGGCAGCUCAGCCACUGACGUGGCCAGAUGUCAUUGUAAGCUUUGGUACCACACCUCUGGGUGCCCGAAGAGGGCAGUACCUCACCCCCUGUCCCUACACUGGGAUAAAACCUUCCCCAGUAUGGAAGUGCAUCUCCAAGUGGCAGUUCCCACGGGUUGCUGCAGGUUUUUGUGCUCCACAUUAAGGGUUCCUCUGGUUGUACCAACAGUCAGCCUGAACAGCAAGACAAGCCCUGGCAAAUUCUGGUGAGGACGGGCUGUAAACCUGCUGCUUGCUGAAGAAAGACCACACUCAUAGAAGUAGAGGUCCAAAGCAAACAGCAUAGAGCACAUGCUCAGGGUAAGGUUUUGCUCAGGCUUUGCACACAUUUGAACUGAAAUGUGCUGCAGUGUGUCCUCCUGAAGGCGUUGCUGGAGCCCAGGUAGACCCCAGCAGCUGCUGCUGCUGUCACCAAUUUCUCCCCUCAGUUAAAGAGAGGGAAAACUUUCCCAUCCUUUAGUCCCACAGCACAAAGGCUGGCCACAGUCUGACUGAACUUGUAGUGAAACUGUGCAUGCCAUGGGAGAAAUAAAUUCAGUUGAUUGAAAACUAGAGCCCAGAUCAGCACUGCUACUUCCUGUCUGCGAGGUCUGACAGAGGUUAGGACAGAUGCGGGAAACACGGAUUUUUCCACGCAGCCUGUUCUUUGUACGUCUGUGCUGGCCAGACUGCAGUGCCAGGUGGCCUCCUAGGUCAGAGCUGGAGGAAUAUGCACCUGCCAAUACACCUGCCCAGUCCUGGGAAUAUGAAUGGCAUUUUAAUCUGCAAGUGCAUCAGUGCUGUGCAAUUCAUAGGCACCAAUUUUGUAUUGGCUUUGGGGUGACCAGAAUACAAGCUGAACUCAUUUCUUUGGAGAGCAGGAAGACAAUCUUUUGGCUGGCUGUGGCAAAGGUAUCACGAUAGAUUUCAAAUUGGUACACUGGAUUGAAUGGUUUAACUGUUAAUUUUUGCUUACUGCCAACCCAGGGUUUUGAAGAUUUAGCACUCAGAUUUGGUUCUGAAAAGCAACCUGUGCUAUAGCUGAGCACUUGAAUUUGCACUUUCAGUACCACCUGCAAGAGACCGACAAUUGACAGGUGCACUCAGGGAUUAACGUACAGUAUGUUAGAAUUAGGGGCUGGAAAUAAAGCCUAUUUUCUAAUCCUUUGUACUUUACUGUGUUUAUGUGCAUAAAUGUGAUAUUUCCAUUAAAAGAGGCACAAGAUGUUAAACCUAAUUGUCACUCUCAUUCUUCAA